GGACGCCGCUUGGCUCAAAUCAGCAGUUUUGGUCACAUCUCCCAGCGGUCAGCAUGAAGUCGGUUAUUAUUCUCUUAGCCUUGGUGGCUUUCGUCCAAGCAGCACCUGUGGAUGUCAAGGAGUCUUCCUCUGGAGAGCUCUCCAGACCCAGUCCCAUCAGUCCCGAUGUGCUUGUCGAUCCCAAGCCCACGGCCAAGGUUGUCCUGCUCAAGGAUGCUCCCGGCCUGAAUCGCCAGAAGCGUGAUGAACACAAGAAACCCGACAGCGUGAAGGCCCACGAACAGCUCCAUCACUCGGAGCCGAUCGUUCCUAGUCAUCAUGAGCAGAAGCCUUCUCAUGAAGGACCACAUGAGCACAAGCACAAGAGGGAAGCUCACCACGAGGAGGGCCACCAUGGCGACGAUGCGGUGCCCCAAAAGGAGGAAGUGAAGCAGGCUCCCGAGGCCCAUGAGGUCAAGAAGGAAAAGCGGGAAGCUCACCACGAGGAGGGUCACAAGGAUGAGGCGGGUGACCGACCUCAGGUGGAGGAUCUUUCGCUGCCCCACACCCUGCCCGCUGUGGCUCACACCGCCGAGUUGCCCAAGAAGCAGGAAAAGCGCGAGACUGUGGAGAAACCCGACAGCGUGAAGGCCCGUGAGUCCCUGGAGCAUAAUCCCCACCGAUCCGAGGAGCUCCACAAGGCCAUCGAAUCUCUGGCCAAGGAAAAGGCGCCGGAACAGCGUCAUAAGCGCGAUAUUCCCGUGCCCACGCAAACCAAGGCCACCACCACCGAUCUUCCGGCCACUACAAAGUCGGAGCUGGGCAGCAGCACUCCGUCCAUCCAAAAUCUCCAUAUUCCCCAUCCCAUUCCCGUGGCCGAGCUCUUCGAGAAGAACAAGCACGCCGAUAAGUCCACUUCCAGUUCCGAGGAAAGCAAGGAGAAAGCAAAAGCCUAGGUUUCCCAUGCCAAAAGACGCUAAUGGGAAUAUCACGAGAUUUGUGGUCAGCGAAAACGAACUAAAAUAAACAUAAAUAAAUAGAUGCUUAUAUAAA